UACAGGAGAUGACAAGAGACUGCAGACAUAGUACAGGAGAUGACCAGAGACUGCAGACAUAGUACAGGAGAUGACAAGAGACUGCGGAUAUAGUACAAGAAAUGACCAGAGACUGCGGACACAGUACAGGAGAUGACCAGAGACUGCGGACACAGUACAGGAGAUGACCAGAGACUGCGGACAAAGACCAGAGAUGACCAGAGACUGCGGACAGUACAGGGGAUGGCCAGAGACUGCGGACAGUGCAGGGGAUGACCAGAGACUGCGGACAGUGCAGGGGAUGACCAGAGACUGCAGACAGUGCAGG